UCAUGCGCAGUUCAUUCAACAAUGGCGGCUCCUUCGAAGCUGGUGUCAAUGUAAACAAUGCAAAGAUAUAAGCUGUUGAAAUCCGGUUUAUCAGAAAUCUGUACGGUACCUUUGUGUUAAUUAAAAUUAACAGGCUUAAUAUUAAAUCAAGAUGGACAACUAUCAUGUAUUAGAGAUUAUAGGAGAGGGCUCAUUUGGUAAGGUCUACAGUGGAAGAAAAAAAUACACUGGACAGAUAGUUGCUCUGAAAUUCAUCCCUAAAGUCGGAAAAUCAGAAAAAGAAUUACGAAGUUUGAGAAGAGAGAUUGAGAUUAUGCGAGGAUUACAUCAUGAGAAUAUUAUAGAGAUGUUGGAUAGUUUUGAGACUAAUAAAGAGGUUGUCGUGGUAACAGAUUAUGCUGAGGGUGAAUUAUUUCAAAUUCUAGAAGAUGAUGGAAAUCUUCCCGAAGAACAGGUUAAAACUAUUGCCUGUCAACUUGUGUCAGCUUUAUUUUAUCUACAUUCACAUCGUAUACUGCAUCGUGACAUGAAACCACAGAAUAUUUUAUUAGGAAAAGGAGGUGUAGUUAAAUUAUGUGACUUUGGUUUUGCCCGGGCCAUGAGUUUUAAUACUCUAGUUCUCACCUCAAUAAAGGGAACACCAUUGUAUAUGUCUCCCGAACUUGUAGAAGAAAAACCUUAUGAUCAUACUGCUGAUUUAUGGGCAUUAGGCUGUAUAAUGUAUGAGUUAUUUACCGGUACUCCACCCUUCUAUACUAACAGUAUAUUCCAACUAGUUAAUAUGAUUAUCAAAGAUCCGGUCAAAUGGCCAAAAAAUAUGUCUCCUGCAUUUAAAAGUUUUCUUCAAGGGUUACUGAAUAAAAACCCUAAACAAAGAUUAGCCUGGCCACAGUUACUGCAUCAUCCUUUUGUUGCAGAAGGUGUUAAAGUUUGUGAUGAAGAUGCAACAUUGCCUAGUCCAUUUACUCAACCUCUAACAGCCUCUAUGAUAUUGGAAAAAGAGAAACAGUCACAAUUGAAAACACAUGCUCCUGGUGCAUCUAAAAUAUUAGCCAAGGCUCGGAAAAAAGCUUUAGAAGAAGAGAACAAAAAGAAUCAAAAUAAAGAAAUUACUGCCUGCCCUGAGGCAUGGACUAAUGAUAAACAAAAUGGUGUAGAACCGAUGCCAGUACAUCCUGAUAGACCUCAUUCUGAACAAUGGGCUAAUACUGGCAGUAGUAAGGAUCCUCCAGAACCGCAGGCUGUAGAACCCACACCUCGACCUGAUAGAAUCAGUAAAGAUUAUCAUAAAGAAUAUCCUAGUAUUGAAAUAGAAGGUAGACGAACAAUUAAAAAAACGCCAGCACCCAACUCCACACCUCCUAAAAACAACAUGGAAAAUGUUAAACUUGAUGGGGAAUGUGCCGAGGGCGAGGAGGUUGAUAGCGAUGAUGAAUGGCAAGAGUUAAUAGAUACAACUGAUCAAGAUGGUGACCCAGACACAGCGUUAUUAUUAUUACAAGAUGAAAGUUUUAUUAAUAAAUUAUUAACCCGCUAUAAUACGAGUAAAGCCCAAGUAUUAGAUGGUAUGUUAGAGGGAGCUGCUAGAUUACGUUCGUUACUCCGUAUAAUAACAAAUCUUGUUACUAUUAAAUGUGAAGUUUCAAAAGUAACAAGUUUUACUAAAGCUAUGGGUUUACCUGCUGAACUGAUUAAAACAUUAAUAGAUUUAUUAGAUAGUAGAUCAAAAGUUAAACAGCAACCAUGGUGUCAACAAAUUAUGAUAGAUUUAGUUAUAGCUUUAAAUGGAUAUUUUGCCGGUGAAAUAGGAUGGUGUGAUCAAAUAGACAAAGAUGUGUUGAAUGAAUAUUAUACUGCUAUGAAACAAUUUAUGAAUCUGGUAUCUAACUUAUUAUAUCAACAAGUAGAUGAAGAUUUACGUCUAAGAGAACAAACUUAUCUGUGUGUAUUAUAUAUAACAGAAGUUAUGGAGAGAGAUAAAUUAAACCUAGCUGAUGAUUAUUUUAGUAAUCUGGGAGUAAAACAAACAGUUACAUUAGAUACUCUAUUAUCAUGUACACUACCUGAUUCUUCUAUUGUUAAAAGACUAGCAGAACUUGUGGAGGGUAAUAUGGAGAUGGCUGAAGAUAGAUUUGGUCGGUUAAUGGAAAUGGCUGUUAGUUGUAUUUGUUCUUUGGUUGCUUUACCUUUGAAAGGUAAAUUAGGUUUGGAAGGCAAGAGAAAGAUAGCUUUAUAUUUGGGAGAUAAAUUAGCAUCUGGGGAAAUUAAAGACACAGCUAAUAACUUUCUAAUGUUAUUACGCCAUCCACCAAAUUGUAAUAAUGUCUUAAAAAUUAUUUAUUCAUGUUGUCAAGUAUCUGGUAAACUGUGCACCUACAUAUCUUCUACACCUCAACAUAUGGAAUCGUUAAUUGGUAUUCUUAUGGGACAGGUGGAGGUAGCUGAUAUGGAAGUUAAUACAGUAAUAGAAACAGUCUUACAUAUACUGAGUACUAUCAUAAUACAGAUACAAUCAUUACCACCAGUUUUAUCAGAGGCUGCUGGUAUGAUGGUUACUUUCUUCCUUGAUUCAACAAUUGCUAGUCAUACUGCUGCUGGUGCUCUGUUAUUUAGUCAGAUGGUAUUUUGUGGUGUAUCUGUAGAAGUUCAACCAGAAGAUAUGUUACAAGCUUGUUUAUCUGUAUUUACAGAUAUUGCUGAGAUUUGUGUUCGCUGUCCGUUUGAUUAUGGUGUUUUAGAUGGUUUACUACUUUUAUUAUGUGAACUACUCUCACAGGCUGAUGUGCCAGUGGCACAGUUAUAUAUAGAAAGUGGUAUAUGGGGUACAUUAUGGCAUAGAAUAGCACAAGCUUUACGAGUCAAUAACCCAGAAACUAACAUGCCAGUACAUGAUAUAGAGACAGAUGGGCAGAUAACUCACCAGGGCUUUAAUCCUCCUGACUGGAAUUUUGUUUCUCCUCAAGGAGUAAUGGCUGUACUACAAAUGGCAGUUACUGUUUUUACUAAGGAAACAUACCAGUGUAUACCCAAUCUAGCAGCAUCUGAUAGUGUUGUCAUGUUAACACUAGUUCAUUUAAUACAUAAAGAUUUCCUGGCAGUGAUGUCAAAAUGUUUGAAUGAGGAUGGUGUAGAAGUGACAGUUGAAAUGAUUUUAGAAGUCACACAACUCUGUUGUUUUCCAUUUGCUGUUGAUACAAAUGAAGAAUUACUAGCAGAAAUACAACAUUGUUUAUAUACAUCUAAUAUAUUACCUAGAUUAUUACAUGCUAGUGGUCAAUAUUUACAUCAUGAUUUAUUAGAGACACCAUUAGGUUUGAUAGCUAGACUUGUUCUAGGAAAUGUUAUAUUUGUUGAACAGUUUGCUACAGCAGUUCAAGACUUUAAAUGUAUACCAUUCCUAUGUAAAGCUAUUGAGACCAGUAAUACACUGUCUGUGAUAUGUGAUACUAUUUCUAUCUGUAGUCAUCUAGUUAGAACAUCACCCGCUCAUCUACCUCUAGUAAUGUCCGUAUUUCAAGGACAAAAAGGGGAUUACGAACCACUAGUUAUACUACUUACCCAUAAUUCUUCAGCUGUUAAAUCUCGAACAUGUAGUUUAUUGGGUAAUGUGAUGAAACACGAUGCUAAGAUGUAUUCUGUAUUAAAACAAAGAGAGAAAAUAUUCCAUAGUUUAAUAACUUGCUUAAAAGAUUCAGAUUCUAAUGUUAGAAAGGGUGCUAGUUAUGCUGUUGGGAAUGCUAGUUAUCAUAGUGGUGAAUUAUACACCAGAUUAAAACCUGCUAUACCUUUAUUAGUUACUUUACUUCGAGAUCCUGUCACAAAAACUAAAACUAAUGCCUCAAGUGCUUGUGGUAAUCUAGGCAUGCAUUCUCCCGCUUUAUCUGUAGAAAUCAAGAAAGCUAAAAUGAUUCCACAUUUAUUGGAUGUGGCUUGUAAUGAUAUCAGUCCAGUUGUACAGAUAUCAUCUUUAUUAGCUUUACGAUCUCUCUGUCAACAAUCAGAACUUAAAAAGGAAAUGGUGUCUUUAAAUUCUGUAGCCAAAUUAUCAAACUUGACAGCAGCCAAUACACCUCGUCCUGGUACAGCUAGUUCCCGACCUCUAUCAGCGAUGUCACGACCAACUAGUGCUAUGUCUAUUAAUAGUGUUCAUAUCAGUGGCAAUGUCUCCAGUCAUUGUAAUAAACUGAUUAAAUUUCUACAGACAUGACACAUCCAGACUGUUGAACACUCUAUUGUAGAUGCAUAAGAUACAUACAGUAUACAUGGUACUGACAGAUACACACAGUAUUGAUACACAUGGUAUUGAUAUGAUACACAGUAUACAUGGUACUGACAGAUACACAUAAUACAUGAUACUGACAGAUACACACAGAAUACAUGGUACAGGCAGAUACAUGCAAUAUGUAUGGUAAGGCAGAUACACACAAUAGCUGGUACUGACAGAUACACAAUACAUGGUACUGACAUACACACACAAUACAAGGCACUGAUAGUUAUACACGAUACAUAGUACUGACAGAUACAUACAGAACACACUGUACUGACUUAAACACACAAACAUGGCACUGACAUAAACACACAAUACAUGGCACUGACAUAAACAUACAUUACAUGAUACUGACAUACUUACACAAUAUAUAGUUAAAGGCAGAUACAUACAAUACAUGGUACUGAGUACUGACAUAUACACAAUACAUGGUACUGACAUUAUACACAAUACAUGGUACUGACAUAUACACAAUACACGGUACUGACAUAUACACAAUACACGGCAGAUAUUAAAUAUUUACAUUCCUGUUAUUAAUAAAUAAAACAUGUAAGUUAAGUCUACAACUACAUCAUCAUUAUUUUCUUUCCUUCCACAGAACAAUUCACAAGAGCCUUAUCUUCAUAAAGAUUUUCACAUUUUAGAUAUAGUUAGAAAUAUUUCAAAACGUACAUACCGUGCUGGAUUUUAGAUUGUGAAUAUUCAGAAAUUUAAUUGACAGAAGGGCUUUCAAGAGACACAUGAUCUGGGGGAG